UGGCAGGGCCAUCCGUACAAUUGGUGAGCUAAGGCGGUUCACCACGCAAUCAGCCCAGUCAAUUCUCAAGGAUGAGCUACCUCAGCGCAAACUGUCACCCUUGCAUAAGCUGUACCCUAACAGAUAUUGACUUAUGAAAUUGCUACUCUACUCUCAUUCCGAUCUACCUGAUGGAAGUUUUAUUUCAGAUACCAAGGCAUGGAGGGAAUGUUAGGGGCCUAAGAUGCCAUAAAGGUAGUAUGUCUCCCGCUUCUUUAUGAGGCCCCGGAGAGAGUACAACCCAAUAUUGAUCUAUGAAAAGUUACUUUACGCUGGAUACCAAGACCGCGAGGCUCGCUUCUGGACAAGGGAAAUUAAGCCAACUGUCUAAAAAGAUACAUCCAGCACAUCGAUAAUUAGUCAUCUCAGGUUUGAAGAUGAACGGGUGCGAUGUACGAUACAUAAGCUGGACAAGGAAGAUAAUUGGCAUCCCAUCCUGUUCCAAUCCCGCCGCCUGAAGUCACCGGGGCCACAAAAUAGAUUUGGAUAGCCAUCAGAGAUAUCUCCAUUCGAUAUCGCAAACUAUACCCUGCAAGUAGUGAGGAAUCAACUCCAACUCACGAGGUUAAGAACUAGGAACUUCGGAAUCUGGUGUUCAAGUUCAGAACCAAGUGUCAACAAUAUUGGACCACCGAACUGGAAUGCCUCGGCCUGGUGAGGGCCUCAAUCCACUGUCCUCAAUACUUUGAUAACAACCCUUUCACUGUGAUCACAGAUCGUUGUUUCUUGAUCAAUGGCGUGGAAUCAAAAGGGACCACUCACAGGAAUAAUUGAUUAAAUAACUGGGGCUUAUUCCUUGGGCAACUCGUGGGCCGUAUGAUCAUUAAUUACAAGAAGGGUACGCAACACAUCAAUGCCGACACCCUAUCCAGGCUUGAAAUGGCGUCCGCGGUGACCUACCCUAUGUCCGACUUCUAGCUAGUUAACAAAUACCACACUCGUCUGGUGGCUGAGUCACUGCUUCUCGUGCCGCAGCCGUUUUUGGCUGCGGUGCCUGAUUCUAGUGGCUCUACAAGCAUACUUCAACAGGAGCAGACUGUCUAUAUCUUCAUCGUUUGUGUUCAGAUAACGGUGUCGAUACCUCAUCAGUAUUUCGGCUCCCUACCUCACGGCGCCGAUUUUAACACCACAAGCUCCUAUCAGGGAAAAAUGCGAGCCCCAAAUAACAAUUGCGAAAAUUGAUUUGUAUCAUACUUCUCCUACCCCUAAUUUCAAACAGCGGCACACUGACUAUCAAUAACCUCUCUCACUCUUUAACGACAACUUUUUCCUCGAGUUCAUGAAAGCCCUGAACCAUUCUCGGAACGUAUCAAUGAAAAGAUAUUUCAAGGUUCCAAAACUUGGAAGAAUCCGGCUUUGCGUGUCUAUUUUAUAGGCUCAGACCAAUUGGCCAGACUGCGGAAACCGUUAUUCAAGCGCCUGUGGUGAACAAGACGUGUUUUCCCAAUGACACAAUGUCUGUAAGAUAGUACAUGCCGACGGCCUUUACAUCCUCGCCGCAGAAAAAGAAAACCGCCAUUCCAAUCUUACUCCGGUUUCUCUUGUUAUUUGGAGCCUCUAAUGUUAGAGCUCAUUACCCACUAAAUCACCAUUUAUUUCAGACACUUAAUAUCCGUUACUGGAAGGGUCGUCCUUACAGGGAUGUCUAUCGAGUCCACAAACCUUUUUUAGCUUCAAUUUUAGUCAUUUAGAACUAAUAAAAUAUUGAUCACAGCCGACAAGAUACCCCCAUCCUUGAACUUGGACAUUCGAGAAGAAAUUUGCAUACAUUCCCUUGGGGAAUGAACGAGCAAAUCCUACCCAAAAUGGCCCUAUUCUCCUAUUCAUCUAGUCAGAGAUCUCUAUUACACUGAUUGUUUAGCAUUCAUCUGUCACUGCUUCUUUUACAAAUCAAUUCUCUUCUCCCAUUGUGUCAAUUGCUUGGAGAUGCCUUUCGGAGUGGGUGGCUUUGAUGCGCGCCUGGCCGCGCCACAACAUACCAUACCUCACACCUCCCACAGUCAAAGGCCUAAGAGCAAAUGCUAGUACCUUUGAGAUCACAGGCUUAGUUUAAUCUAACUUGUCAAUCCUGGAAGGUCUCCUGCGAUUAUUGCCCCUGAAGAUCCUGAAGGUACACGUAAGGCGAAGAGGGGUGGCCACUCAUCGUGUCAUCUGGAAAAAUUUGAGUUUGACCUUUAGUGGUCAUUGAAUGUUACUGGCAAUCGACCGAUUAACUAACGACUCUCUUCACUGAAGACCUGUAUACUACGGGAGAGCCCUCAAAAUGGAUGAUAGGGAACUUCCGCAAAGGUCAUGUUCUUUGCUUCACAGCCGUCAGGAGAGUUCGAAGCGUUGAAAUCCGCACAGUGGCCACCGCAGCUAUCACCAAGGACGCAAAGUGCAGGAGUCACUGGGCAAUCAAGCACCCGAAAGUACGUACUUGGACACCACUUUUCCUUUGUUAACGCGCAUAAUAUUAUUUCCUCCAUUAUUAAAUUCCCUAACUUCCUAAGAGAAUUCAUAGCCUAUGUGGAUGGUAGUAAAGAAUGUAUGGGAGCUGCAAUUCAUCAGAAGGAUCAUCCAGGAAAAGAACGCCCUGUUGUUUUUCUUUCCCUCACUCUAAAAGGUGGUGUAAAAAAAAAAAAAAAAAAAAAGGAUCAACUGAAUUAAAGACAGCAGCCUUAGUCUGUGGAGUGCGAUAGACAUGAAAACAGGCGAAGUCUGGAUCAGGUAUAAUAUUAUGCGCGUUUACAAAGGAGAAGUGGUGUCCGAGAUCGGCUACUCGUUUUUUGAAUCGGAGAAUUCCUCCGAGUUUGCUAUCACCUCUAACCUAUCACCACUGAAGGAAUUUUGAUGGAAUUAAGUUUUUUAUGUUCUAUAUAUCUCCGUCACUCCAUCCAAAGACUUCAUCAGUGAUACGUGAGAAGAGCAGGUCUAAAAACGCAUCAUUUCAAGUCUAUACAACUCCCGACACUCGUGAACGGCAAUUCAAUGACAGAUGACGCACUUUUGAAGAAUUAUCUGCAUAUUCCACUCUUUCAAAACUAGGAGUUGCGAACUUGUGCGGAAUGUGAUCGGAUGCUACAUACACGGAUACGUUGCUAAUCUGAAAGAAAUGGAAGCUAGACAAUCUAGCAGCCCUGGAGGACCCAAACCAAACAUGAAGCUAAGAAGCUUCGUAUUUUGCACAGUUCUAAUAAAAUUAUGCAGAAAACUUUCAACUCUGACAGGACACUCUGGUUAACAAGGAAUAUAUUCAGCAGUGUCUCACCCAGAUGAUAUCAUCAAAGGAUGAUGUGAAUCCCUCACACUCAGCUUUACAGUCUGUUAACUCGUUGCUCAUGAAGAUACCUUGAUCCAGAAGCUGGCCCUUCGACUGAAUCCUGGAAAGAGGCCUGAAUAUACUCCCACAGGGUGCCUAGGGGGAGUAGCAAGCCAAUCCUUUGUGACAAACCUGGUUGAAAGGUUCAGAAACAGGUAUCCCAAGCUUUUUUGGCGACAAUAUACGCUCAAUAUUAUUUCUUCUUCAAGGCGUCCACCAAUUUAUAUGUUCAAAUAAAUGCCAUAAUGAUAUCUUCAUCAAAGAGGGGAAAAGAGGAGUGAGUUUGAAAGAAGGAACCCGAAGGUUUUCCAAUAUGCACCCAUGAAUACCAAGAUAACGGAAUUAUGAAAGACUGGAAACCCCAAAUCAAAGGACCAGUACGGAAUACCCAGGGAGAUCUUAAGUGCAAUAAUGGUGACAAGCAUUUUGCAUGCUCGCGCUAGGUGGCCAAAAACCUGCAAUGUUAUCGAAGAUAAACUCGGAGAAGUACCCUGGGCUGAGUUACUCUGAUUAUAGAAUCCGUCAAGACAGCUGUGUCCAGACAAGCAGGAGAAAGUCUCGGAUGUCAUAGAUACAUCAGAGAGAUUUGCUAAUGAGGUGAUGAUGAUCACUGCUCGGUCCCAGUUCCAUCGCAUGAAAGAUUUUUGUUUUCCUCGUCUGUAGGACACCGGGGCAAAAGAGCUCAAUCACCACCAGACUAACUGGUAGGUAGGGGCUCGACAUCAUCAAGAAUAUAUGAUGAUUUACGUCCACUACGCAGAGAGCCGAUCCAUUUUGUUGACAAUUGUAAUUGAUGGCCAAAGAGAGAUAGAUGGGCAGCAUACACAAUACAAAACAACGCUUUACUUAUGGUGGCCGGUGCAAUUCCACGACUCCCCCAACAGCAGAGCCGCUGGACUCUACUCUUGACACCUAGUUACCUCCCGCGAAUGACGAUUCGUUAUCGGAACGGGACAUGCCACAACAUCAGGGACGCCCUUUCGUGCUUGCACAACCUAGAGGAUGAUUCGGAGGAGAUUCCCUCAGACAAGCGAGGGAAUGUAUCUCAAGUCCCCAUCCAAGUUGGCAGGCAAUCGGAUAAGAAGACUGGCGUAUUUGUAACAUCUGCUUCUGAUAUUGGCAUAGCACUUUCGGACGAAAUCAAAAACCAGUUGUGCUCGGAGCUGCCGCCGGACCCCGCCGUACGGAAGAUCUUCCUAAGGUUGCUCAGGGCCGGUGAAGACUAUCUGUUUAAAAUAAAGGAUGGUCUUUUUUUAUUUCGCGGGCAGUCGACUCUGCGUUACGAGGGCGUUAGACAAGGACAAUGA